AUGGAUACGAAAGACAUACUUCUCACUUUGGAAUCAAUAAAAAAGGCGUGUGGCGCUUUAUGCCGCCAAGAGCAUAGAAGGACUCUCCUAUCCAAGGACACUAGACUUUUUUUGGAAUCGGUUUUUGAGAAAAAGAGAUCUCCUAAUUCAAGAGAACGUAUGCAAACUCGGGAACUGUCAGAUCAUCUGAAAACCACCUCAUAUUUAUUUCGAAAGAUAUUUAUUGUGAUGUUACACCUGCUCUCACAUCCUUAA